AUGGCAAAACGAACAAGCAGCAACACACCCUCUCGCCAAGCCAAAGUCAAAAAGAAAUGCAGGUCUUUUAAAAUGGAAUGGCUGUCGAAGUAUGUGGAAACAGAAGAACAAGCGGUGAAACUGGGUGACAUUUUUUCUUUUUCGAGUGAGACAGGUCUCCUCUGCAAAACAUGCAACGAAGCCAAAUUAGCAAGCAAAUUUUCGGAGGGAAAAAAGUGGAGUGAAUGGAAGUUGGACUACCUUAAGCGUCACAUUCAGCAUAAAACUCAUUUGAAAGCUGUUGGAAUUGUACGGAGACUCAAAAUGGGACAGGGGAUCGGUACAUUAUUGCUGGAGAGCGCAAAAGACCGUGAGAAAAGGAAUGAGCUGUCACACAAAACAAAAUCGGACCCAGUUCAAGUUAAAGUUCUCAUUGACAACAUUUUACUUGCCAUCAAAAUGAAUGCAUCAAUGCUGUCUGUUCAACAAAUCCAUGAUCACAUGGCGAAGUAUGUGAGUAUACCUGAAAGCUGGCGAAGCAAAAACUAUGCUUUUGAAUUUGUUAACUCAAUCAAUGAGAUAGUGCAGAAUGAAACUAUACACAGUGUUAAAAAUGCACCUUGGCAUACCCUGAUAAUAGAUGAGAGCACAGACAUAAUAGUACACAAAAUGCUUGUCAUAUAUAUUAAAUACAGGGAGGAAAAUGAUGUCAACUAUAAAACUGUGUUUGGUGGCAUCAUCCAGCUGGCAGCAUGCAGUGCUCAGGAUAUUGUGCAAGCAAUAACUCAGUUUUACACCAAACAUGGACUGGACAUGCAGAGAAUUGUGAUGCUGGCCUCUGUAAUGCUAGGAAAACACAACGGAGUUGCGGCUUUGUUAAAGCGCCAAAUACCACACCUAACUGAACAACAUUGUGUGGCCCAUAGAGAGGACUUGGGCAUUGAUGAUCCCUGGAAAGAUGUACCAUUGAUGCGAGAUGUGGAAACUCUUCUUAGAACUGUAUAUUCCACUUUCUCUCGGUCCAGCGUGAAGAGGAGCAAAAUGGAGGACCUCGCCAAGGUCCUUGAUGAAGAUACAUAAUCAUUCAGGCCUCUGAACGAAGUGCGAUGGCUGUCGCGGCACCAAGCUGUGAAUGCUGUUCUGAGGAACUACACUGUGCUUGAAGAAUUCUGCAAAAGAGAGUUCACUGAUAAUAGAGAUCCAGUGGCAAAGUACUGCUACAAAAAACUGAGUGAUUCAAAGUUCAAGGUUACUGUCACUGCUCUGGGAGAUGUUUUGGGUGAGCUAGCACAACUCUGCCUCUCUUUACAAAGACGCAACCUGACUGUGAUGGAAGGGCACUGCUUUGCUAGAGCAAAGAUUGAGAAGCUGCGUUCCCAGUACUUGAAGGAAAAGGAUGUACAGUGGAGUGACCGUGUCAAAGAGGCAAUGGAGACCUCAACAGCUGAUGGCAGAAAUACUGGCGAGAUUACUGCUUUUAUUGGUAAGCUCUGUGAUCACAUGGAUGCUCGUUUCCCAGAGUAUGAAUUAAAGGAGUGGUCUGCAUUUGACAUUGAAGCAUUGAGCUCUGACAUCAGUUUUGAUUAUGGAUCAGCAGACAUUGCCACUCUGGCAAAAAAGUAUGAGGCCAUUCUCCACCACCCACAGUCUUUGGAGGCCAUUAACAGCCAAUAUGCUGAGUUCAAGUACAUAAUGAAGCAAAAACUUAAACAGGGGUCAAUCAGCACAUUCUCAGAUAUGGUGACUGCAGCACUGAGAUGUGAGGAGCUCAAGGAGAUCUCACAGCUUGUGGAUAUUUGUGCUACGUUCCAAGCUUCCAGUGCAGAUUGUGAAAGAGGAUUUAGCUUAAUGAAUCAUAUCAAAACAGCAUCCAGAAAUCGUCUUGAAGUGGCACAUUUGGACCAGCUGAUGCGCAUUAAGUCAAGGCAAGAAGCAGAUGGAGCCAUCAACCUGGACAAAGUGUACAACCAUUGGAGAAGUGAGAAGGACAGACGUGAAAAAUAAAGUAAAAUUCAAGUCAGAUUUGGCUAUAUACUAGUGACAAGAUUUUUUUAAUUUAUGGAUAUUAGUCAUUAAAGGUUGUUACUACUAGAUGAUUUAUGGGUAGUAGAAAUGCUAAUAAAAAUGUGUUCUUAGAUAUUAUACAGUUACAGAGUUACAGGAAUUUACCAUGUAACACAAGCUACAGUACAAAUGUCAUUGUGCAAAAUGUGAGUUUUUUUAAUAUGAACAAAAUGUUAUGUCUGAAAGGAAUGUCUAAUUUUUUCCAGAGCAGGACCCUCACCCAGGCCAAAGCAGGACUCUUCCUCCUCCCAUGGCCAAAAAAGGACUCUUCUCAUGACCAAAGCAGGACUUUUCCCCCUCCCAUGGCCAAAAAAGGACUCUUCUCAUGACCAAAGCAGGACUCUUCCUCUUCUCAUGACCAAAGCAGGACUCUUCCUCUUCUCAUGGCCAAAAGCAGGACUCUUCUCAUGGCAAAAACAGGACUCUUCUCAUGGCAAAAAAAGGACUCUCACAUAUAAAAUACUGCACAUUUCAUGUACAAAAUUUUUGUCUUUUCAUUUUAAGUGGGCCAAAUCACUUUUAUUAAAAGUAAAUAAAUUUAAAUUGCUGCUGUAAUCUGAUUAUUUUAAUAAGCCAAGUAAGUGUUAUGAUUCCAAUUAUUGUACAGGUGUGCUACUGGUGUGUGGUCACAGCGUGCGCAUUUGAUGGUGCUCACAAUGAUCUUCAGUGUGCUCAGGAAGCUUGUGUGUUUGCCCAGACACAUGGAAAAUUAGAGGGAACAUUGUCUCUGUCAUGUUUCAAAUGUUACACUCUGCAUAUUAAAUGCAAAAGAGGUAAAAGAUUGUUUUAGAGACACAUUGGUAAACUACUGUUUAAUAUCACACCCCUAUAAAUUUGAGUUUGCAUUUUACUGUCAUCAUAAGUUAAACGUGUUUCUUACCUCCUGUUGAAGCCAGAGCACGCAAUUCUCUGAGCUUCUCCUUUUACAGGAAUGGGUUGACUCUUCUGUGCAGAUUUAAAGAAGAAAUAAGAAAGCAUUGGUUAGUAUACAAGAAACUGUCAAAUAAGUUUCAGACUGACGACUUUAAAUAGCCCAGAAGACAUAAAAAAUCUCUUAUAGAAAUUUCUCACAAUAACAUGAGCUUUUCUGCUUGUAAGCACGAAGAGUCUUGGACAUGGUGGGCCGGACUUUCAUGUGAUGUCAAUGCAUCACUUUUAAGAUAACCAUCCGAACGUCUAGACCAGUGGUCUCCAUAUGGCGGACCGCGGUCCACUUCCGGACCGGGAAAGAGUCCAAUACGGACCCGAGCCUACCGCAGAAAAAUGUAUGUUUUUUUCUCUCUUGUAGGCCUGCACGAUAUACGUGCGUGCGAUAGUCACAUCGCAGAGCCUGCGAUGUCGGAGGUGAAUGAACUCAGUUAAUUUCAAGGGUAGCUGACUGAGACACACUGCAUGUGACUCUGCAUGUGCUGUGCAGCGAUCCACCAAUCACCUUUGUCCUUUUCUCAGUUGCCAAUCAGACUACCCUGCCAGCUGUCAAUCAAAAUCAGAGAGGAGGAAACCCACCCCUGCACAUGUUCUGCACAUGGAGUGAGACGCGUGUCCGCUGAGAAUUACUUUCGGAACUUUACUGACUGUUAA